CCAUAACCACGCCCCUUCUUCUACAGGGCCACGCCCCCUUCCUGCUUGGCUAAGCAAAGGGAAGAGACGGCGAUGGAGGAGGCGGGCCUGGAAGAGCACGGCCGGAGGGCAGUCCGGGCCUACCGGGAAGAGCAGAGCCGGGCGGGGCUCCCCCGCGGCCCCAUGCAGCCCGUCCCGCCCGCCUUCUUCGGCAGCGCCGCCAGGAGCCCCCCCGGGGAGCGGGCGCGCUGGGAGGAGGAAGGUCUCCGCCGGAUCUCCCAGAACGAGGUGGCGGCGCUGCUGCUGGCCGGGGGGCAAGGGACGCGCCUGGGGGUGCCCUACCCCAAGGGCAUGUACGACGUGGGGCUGCCCAGCCGCAAGACCCUCUACCAGAUCCAGGCCGAGCGCCUUCGACGGGUGCAGCAUCUGGCGGGAGAGCGCUUCGGAGGGCGCUGCACCGUCCCGUGGUACAUCAUGACCAGCGAGUUCACCUUGGGCCCGACGGAGGAGUUCUUCCAGCGCCACGGCUAUUUCGGCCUGGAGAAGUCGGACGUGGUCUUGUUUGAGCAGCGGAUGCUGCCGGCCGUGGACUUCGAAGGCAAGGUCAUCUUGGAGGCGAAGGGGAAGGUGGCCCUGGCUCCAGAUGGCAACGGGGGCCUCUACCGUGCCCUGGCGGACCACAAGAUCCUGGAGGACAUGGAGCGGCGUGGCGUCCGGUACGUCCACGUCUACUGCGUGGACAACAUCCUGAUCAAAAUGGCCGACCCCGUCUUCGUCGGGUUUGCCGUCUGCAAGGGGGCCGAUUGCGGAGCAAAGGUGGUGGAAAAAACCUGCCCUGAGGAGCCGGUGGGCGUGGUGUGUUGCGUGGAAGGAGCCUACCAGGUUGUGGAGUACAGCGAGCUGCCCCUCGAAUUGGCCCAGAGCCGGAACCCGGACGGACGCUUGACCUACAGCGCCGGGAAUAUCUGCAACCAUUUCUUCACCCGGGACUUCCUGCGGGAUGUGGCCGAGAAAUACGAGCCUCAGCUGAGACCCCACGUGGCCAUUAAGAAGGUCCCUUUUGUCGACAAAGAAGGGAAUUUGAUAAAGCCGCUCAAACCCAACGGGAUAAAGCUGGAGAAGUUUGUCUUCGAUGUGUUCCAGUUUUCGAAGAACUUUGUGGCCUUUGAGGUCCAACGAGAGGAGGAAUUUUCUCCGCUCAAGAAUGCAGACACGGCCGAGAAGGACACCCCCGUUACGGCCCGGCGGGCGCUGCUCUCCCAGCAUUACCGCUGGGCCCUCAAGGCAGGAGCCACGUUUGUUGACAACAACGGGGAAAGGAUACCUGAGAGGCACAGUUUGACAGAGGAUGAAGAACCGCCGGCUAUUUGUGAGAUUUCGCCACUGGUCUCUUAUUUUGGAGAGGGCCUGGAAAAAUGCUUGAAAUCCAAAGAGCUCCGGUCACCUUUCCUCCUGGACGAAACCAAAGCAGACGCGCUACUAAAAGAAGCUUGAAUGAAGGAUUUACAGCGAGACUCCAACAUUUGGGAAGACGCUGCCAGCAAUUUUUAAAAAGGGAAAUAAUGAAGGAUGAUAAAUGGAAGGGAGUUGAUUUGUGUUUACAGCAGGCCUGGGCCAACUUCGGCCCUCCGGGUGUUUUGGACUUCAACUCCCACAAUUCCUAACAGCCGGUAGGCUGUUAGGAAUUGUGGGAGUUGAAGUCCAAAACACCCGGAGGGCCGAAGUUGGCCCAGGCCUGGUUUUAUAGCAAUACAAAACCAAAGUCAUAAUUUCUUUCUUUUCUCUUCAAAGUGCCUUUCGCUGUUCUAUCUAUCUAUCUAUAUUUGCAUGUUCUAAAUAUGGGAAGUUUCUACAAUGUCUUUACAACUUCAACACAUUAAAGUACUUUCUAAAUACUCA